GCCCAUCUGAUUCAUAUGCAAAUAACGCGACUGUAGCGCGAGGGCGUUCCGCGCUUUAUAAGCCGCGCAGCCUCUUCCUCACAGCACCAGUGCGGAAUAACUUCACUGCCCAGUCUACUCUGCAUUUCACUGUAAAAUAACAGCAUCUACAGCUAAAGAUGGCCUCUACAAAGGAGAAACUCAUUGCUCACGUGAGUAAGGAGGAACCCGCCGGGCCCACGAACAAGGUGACUGUGGUCGGUGUGGGAAUGGUUGGAAUGGCCGCCGCCAUCAGCAUCCUUCUCAAGGAUCUGACUGAUGAACUCGCCCUGGUGGACGUGAUGGAAGAUAAGCUGAAAGGAGAGGCUAUGGACCUGCAGCAUGGAAGCCUCUUUCUCAAGACACACAAGAUAGUGGCGGAUAAAGACUACAGUGUGACGGCAAACUCCAAAUUGGUGGUUGUGACUGCUGGAGCCCGUCAGCAGGAGGGUGAGAGCCGCCUGAACCUUGUCCAGAGGAACGUCAACAUCUUCAAGUUCAUCAUCCCCAACAUCAUUAAGUACAGCCCCAACUGCAUCCUUCUGGUGGUCUCAAACCCAGUUGACAUCUUGACCUACGUAGCCUGGAAGCUGAGCGGUUUGCCCAGGAACCGUGUGAUCGGCAGUGGCACAAACCUGGACUCUGCUCGUUUCCGUUACCUGAUGGGAGAAAAGUUGGGCAUUCACCCAUCUAGCUGCCACGGUUGGGUUGUCGGAGAACAUGGAGACUCCAGCGUUCCUGUGUGGAGCGGAGUGAAUGUGGCUGGCGUGUCCCUUCAGAGUCUGAACCCUGACAUGGGUACAGAUAAAGACAAGGAGGACUGGAAGAGCGUCCACAAGAUGGUGGUUGACAGUGCAUAUGAGGUUAUUAAGCUGAAGGGUUACACUUCCUGGGCUAUUGGUAUGUCUGUAGCUGACCUGUGUGAGAGCAUCUUGAAGAACCUACACAAGUGUCAUCCAGUUUCUACUUUGGUCAAGGGAAUGCAUGGUGUGAACGACGAGGUCUUCCUCAGCGUGCCUUGCAUCCUGGGUAACACCGGCUUGACAGAUGUUGUCCACAUGACCCUCAAGCCAGACGAGCAGAAACAGCUGGUGAAGAGCGCUGAGACCCUGUGGGGCGUUCAGAAGGAGCUGACCCUGUGAAACGCAAUUUUCUCCAAAAUGUAGCCAGUGUAACAAAUUUCAAACCUCACUGCCUAUCUGUCUCCUGACCUCAUAAACCUUACUGCCUGUAACCAUUAGAUAUCUCCAGUCUCAGGCCUUUAGAUUGUAACUCUCCUUAUUUUAUUGGUUUUAGCUGCAGAGGAGAAAUCGUUUAUUCCUGUUGCCUUUACAGAGAUCAUCACCCUUUGUAAAAGUUUGUGUCUGUGUGCGUACUAUUGUAUUUUCAAGAAAAAAGCACUUGCGAGCAAGACGAUGUGCAAUUUGAGUCUAUUUUAUUCCGUUCUGAAGUCAGCUAGCAUUCCGUUCUGUCACGCUAUUGAUAAUUUCACCAAGACCAACACGUAAAAUCGGAGCUUUACAAAAUUUACGAAAUAUCAUUGUGUGAACAAUGUACAACAAAACGGUUCAAAAAUCAGCUCAUUUACAAACCUGUCAACGCAUUGAGGUUCAUUGACUAACACUGACUUUGUGUGGCUUUGAGCUGAAAGUCAAACACAAGUGCACUGGUUGUCUACCAGAAAAAGCACUUUUACACACACACACAUAUAUAUAUAUAUAUAUAUAUAUAUAUAUGGGAAUAAAACCUUUUACAGUGGCUAAAUUUGUUGUCAAAGGCUAAGCAGAAUUUAUUUUAAAUUAUGGUAUAACAAAAUCAUAUUGAGGUGUUAACUUUUUGACUGCUUGUAAUUGGUGUAAGUGUACACCUUGUGUGUCAGCUGGAAACAAAAUGCUGUUGUCAAUGUAUUUUUUUUUCUUUUUCUGUUAGUGUUUGUCCACAAGAACAACAACGCACUAGUUGUAAUACCAAAGUCUCUCAAUAUCUAUAGUCUUUGGUAAUACACAGCAACGGUUAUAGCUGUUACUUGAAGCGUGUGAUUGUACAAUUGAGACGCAGUCCGUAACCGAAUAAACAUUGUGGCUAACUACAAAA